AUGAAGUUCAGAGGAGUCGUCUUGUAUCUGACUUUCCUGGUGAGUGUAACAACUGUCAGUAAUAACUUCUCUUUUCCAAGACUUUCACUUCCGUAUACAAAUAUGUAGUUAUGAAAUACGGUCUAACAUUUGAAGCUGUGGCUAAAUCGUCGGUGUGACCAUUCAAAUGCCAUUUUUCCUCUUCCUUACUGUUGCAUGUUUCUUUAACCACACCGUAAUUUUUAGGGAGUUAUUAUUUAUUUUAGGUACAGGAUAACCCCAUUUUUGGGGUUAUUUUAACUCCUAAUUCAAUUCCGAAUUUGGGGUCAUUUUUACUCCUGAAAAAGAGUUCUUUUUACUCCCAGUCUGGAGUUAAAAUUACUCCGAAAUGGGGUUACUUGUACUCCUUACAUGGGUUGUUUUUACUCUUUUUGGAGUUAAUUUAACUCUGAAAGUCGAGUAAAAAUUUUAGGUACAGGAUAACUCCUUUUUUGGGGUUAUUUUGACUCCUCAAUAUCUGGGGUCACUUUUACUAUUGAAAAAGAGUUCUUUAAACUCCUUUUUGGAGUUAAAAUAACUCCAGGAAAAAUAACUCCACUGUCAGGAGUUACAUUAGCCCCACUAGAGGAGUUAUUAUAACUCCUUGAAAAUUACAGUGCACGAUUCAUGUACUAGUUUGAGGUUUAAACGUAUGUUUUAGCGGCCAUAAGUUCUAACUGCAGACACUGUUUAAUACUUCUCCUUCUGGAGAAGGAACCGUAUUUCUACAUACCUUUUCCUACUUUUGUUUAUAUUAAAUUAUAGAUCAGGAUUUCAAUAAAAUAAGUUUGAGCGAAGUGAAUGUAAUGACAAAAAGAAGAAGGAAAAAAUUCUGUUUUAGCCAAAACUAAAGAGCUCCAUAGAAAAGGAAGUUCUCAAAAUUAAAUUCCGUUGACUAACAAGCAAAAAGUAAUUUUUAAUAAUGAAUUAACGACCUUAAUGGUAGGCCAUACAUAUUGAUGUGGAAAAUACGUUGUUUUUUUUUAAAUCCCUGAGCAUAAUUCAGAUCUGUACGACAUUCUCUUUGGUUUCUUCCUACUCCCAGAAUUUCGUCAUAGGUUUAUCAAGUCGUUUUACAUGUUAAUGACAUAUUUGAAAACAUCAGUUAUGGUGCUUAUGAUUGUGUAGUUCCAGCAGCAGAUCCAGACCUUCGGGCCUCAGUUUGGCCUAAAAACAAGGGGGACCUGGCCCCUUCCCUGGAUCUGCCACUGAGUCGACCAUUAACUUUGCUUUUGAACAAAGGGUCAACGAGAUUUCAAAGGAAACCACAUAUUAAGAAAUGCUUUAAAUGUUUUAGGUCGCUUUCCCAAAGAAUGCCAGUCCUGCCGCUAUCAAAGAGGGAUUGACGUCACUUCUGGAAAGAACAACUCUUGACGAUCACCCAGGUAGUUCAACUCAUGGCCAGUCCGACACCGCUGACCAAGGCAUGAUGAGGGCUGAAAGCUUAAAGGACGCGAUGGUCUGGGAUGCAGAAAUCGAUGUUCGCAGUCAACAUCCAUGUUUGAAAACUUCCAGAGUGAUGGUAAUUAACAAUACUUUAUAUCCAAAUCAUGAAUGUCACACCACUUCUAUGAUCGGAUGCAGUCCGCUUUCGCCUGUAUUUCACGAAUGUGAACCAAAGAAAUACUAUGUUGCUGGCCAUGUCUUGGUGAGUGGCUGCACUUGCAAGAGUGGAGGUGAUUCGGAAUGCCCCCAAAAUUGA